AUGCCCCCUGGGUCCGGAGCUCGCUGGGCCUCCCCCUCUCCCCCCUUUGCGCUGCGGCCUGCUGAUAAGGAUAACGGGGAUGACAAGCAGAACAUUUCCAGGACAAAGGAAAUUCCCGGUUUCAUUGUCAAAAGGAAGCCACUGUCCACUCAGGAGAGCAGCUUCAGGCAUCGUACACCCGUUCCCUGUUCCCUGCGGCAGGAGGGAGAGACGCUGCUGAACUUGUCAAGGCUACAACUCCUCUGCACCCGGGAUGCACAGGGAUGCAAGGAGGCUCUCUCGGUGGUGAGCGACGACCAGUCCCUCUUCGACUCCACGUACGGAGCGGCCCAUCUCCCCAAGGCCGACAUGACCGCCUCCGGGAGUCCUGACUACGGCCAGCCCCACAAAAUCAACCCCCUCCCGCCACAGCAGGAGUGGAUUAAUCAGCCGGUGAGGGUCAAUGUCAAGCGGGAGUACGACCACAUGAAUGGAUCCAGGGAGUCUCCGGUGGACUGCAGCGUCAGCAAAUGCAGCAAGCUGGUUGGUGGAGGCGAGUCCAAUGCCAUGAACUACAACAGCUACAUGGACGAGAAGAACGGCCCCCCUCCUCCCAACAUGACCACCAACGAAAGAAGGGUGAUCGUCCCCGCAGACCCCACGCUGUGGACACAGGAGCACGUGCGGCAGUGGCUGGAGUGGGCGAUAAAGGAGUACGGCCUGAUGGACAUUGACACGGCCUUUUUCCAGAACAUGGACGGCAAGGAACUGUGCAAAAUGAACAAGGAGGACUUCCUCCGAGCCACCUCCCUCUACAACACGGAAGUGCUGUUGUCACACCUCAGUUACCUCAGGGAAAGUUCACUGUUGGCCUAUAACACCCCCUCCCACACAGACCAGUCGCCACGGCUGAGUGUCAAAGAAGAACCGCUAUUUUUUUUGGUGGGUGUGCUGGGUGUGCUGCGUGUGCUGUGA